GGAAUAGUUGUCUGUAUUAGUCAUGGGUCUUUUCGUCAUAAACGAAAUCGUGUCGCGCACUGACUAGGGUUUGUUCUGAUGAAACGAAAACGAAAAUGACGGUGCAUUUAAAUAGCAGCUUCCCACACAUAGCCGAGCGAACAACAGGGAAGCUGAGGUCCUGAACAGCCGACCGAGGGAUAGAUGCUGUAAUAAUAGCAAACAGGUUCCCUUCUACUGUAGCCCGAAACUAUACUGUUAGGUGUAGAUAAGAGUAUUAACACGAAGAGCAUUUCAGUCCAGUAAUCAUCACCAUUUCAACAACUUCAACAACACAUGCAAGACCAUGGAACGACUGACAGGGAGGGGAGGACGGAAUUAUGGUACUGACACUGGCCAAAGUGAAAAUACUGGUCCACACAGAAGGAGAAGACAAAGUGGCGCACAGCAAGACAGAGCGAGAGUUACAGAGGGCAGAAGAAGAGCACAAAGUUGUGGGGGUUGUCUAGUUGAAAAGCAGACAGAUGGAGGAGGAGGAGGAGGAGGUGAAGGAAUGUGUGGGAGAGGAAGAGGAAGAGGAAGAGGAAGAGGAGAGCCAGGAAGAGGGGUUGAAAGAGAUGUAGGAAGGGAAGGCAGGGAUGGAGCAGCGGGUGAAGAGAUGAAGGGAAGAGGAAGAGGAGGAAGAGCACCAGUGAGAGGGGUUGAAAGAGAUGGAGGAAGACAGAGAAGAGGAGGAGGGAGGGGUAGAGGUGGAAUUGGAGAAGGGGCAGAGCGUGAGAGAGGUGGGGUGAGAAGAAAUGGAGAGCAAGGUGCAGCUGAAAGAGAAGGAGCAAGAAGAAAGAUGCCAGAAGUGGGUGCGAGGAGUGGAAUGCAUAGCGUGGAUGGAAGAAGAGUUAGAGAUGGUAAGAGAAGAGACGGUCUGGGAGACAGAAAAGUGAGCAAUGGAGGGGGAUCAAAUUCUACAGGCAGAAUUGGGGCACCACACGGCCAUGGACUGGGCUAUAAAAAACUGGAGGAUUUGUCUAUAGAAGAAUCAUCUGUAGUGGCCAUCACUCUGUCCUCUCACCCUGCCCUACAACAUGUCCUGAGUGAGUUAAUAAUGAAGAAAGACCUGAUCAAACUCCUCUGCUCGGUGCUCAGUAAAGCCUUUGAAUCACGUGCAGACAGAGGCACGCUGCAGCAUCUGGCUGGCAUCAUAAAAGAUUCAGCGUUCUUCCGCACCGUCCUGCCCCACUAUCUGGCAGGCAUUGAGUCAGAGUCCAACGCUGUCCGCAGGGCGCAGUAUCCUCAGGAACUGGAAAACAUCUUGGCUAUUCAGUCAGAGGUCCUCAGCGUAUUCCCUGCUAGCUCAGUCCAGGCAGUGAGUUUGCUUUUGACGCAGCUCCAAGUUGCCAUCAACAGUCUGAAAACAUCAGGAGUGGAAAUCAAGCCUCAGAUGGAGGAGAGCGUGGAGAAUCUUCAGGGCCUGAUCAGGCACCUCCAGGAGAGAUCCAGGGAGGGUACACUGCGCUCAGACAAGGAUACUUAUGCUCUCCUACCCACUGGAGGUGAUGAAGACCAACAAGAUUUCAGGACCAUACCCAUCUACCCAACUCCAGAGGAGUUCUAUCAGGACCAGAGGCCGUUCCUUAGACCCAACAUCACAUCUCGUCGCUACACAAACACACACCUCUACCUUGACACACACUUCAGGUUGCUGAGAGAGGAUUUUGUGAGGCCGCUUCGUGAAGGAGUCCAACAAUUGCUUUUGGACCAAAUGCACAUGGAAAGAAAUAACAAUCCAGUGAAGUCGAAGCGUUUUGAUGAUAUCAGAGUAUAUUUUGACACGCAGCUGGUGGUGCCCAAAUGCACAGUGACUGGGCUCGCCUACAUAGUGCAGUUUGACAUUCAGCCACUUCAGUUCGUGCGCUGGCAGAACUCCAAGAGGCUGAUUUACGGUUCCCUGGUCUGUUUGUCUUGUGAUAAUUUUGAGAGCUUCUUGUUUGCUACAGUGUCAGAUCGGGAUCCCAGAGACCUGCAAAAGGGGCAGGUCCAGAUUACCUUUACUGAAGAAAGCAGAUUGAAGUUGGCCAGAAUUCAGAAAGGUCAGUUGUUCCUGAUGAUUGAGACCACUGCCUACUUUGAGGCCUAUCGAUACGUCCUAGAAGGCCUACAGGAGCAGGAUGAGGACAGGCUGCCCUUUCAGAGGUACAUUGUGGAGUGCAAUACAGAUGUGCUACCCCCAGCUUAUCUGCAAAGGCAAGAUACUUAUGACCUGCACAGUGUUGCUGACCCUGAGUAUAAGGUCAGAAUACAGCCCUUUCACAGCCUGGAGGAGAAGGCCUGGCCGAAAAUGGAGGAGCUGGGUCUGGAUGACUCUCAGAUGCAAGCCUUCCAGCUGGCCAUCACGAAGGAACUGGCCAUCAUACAGGGACCUCCUGGCACUGGAAAAACCUAUGUUGGCCUUAAGAUUGCUCAGGCUCUGCUGACCAAUCAGAAUCUCUGGAGGGGCAGAUUUCGCACAUCUCCAAUGCUGGUGGUGUGUUACACUAACCAUGCCCUGGAUCAGUUCCUUGAGGGUAUUCAUAAAUUUCUGCAAGAGGGCAUAGUGAGAGUAGGAGGCCGCAGCAACAGUGAGAUCCUGAAACGUUUCAAUCUAAGGGAACUGACUCAUUCACCUGACUUCAAACGUUCGCUGCCGUCUCACCUGCGUCGUGCAUACAGUGACAUUUACAGACAGCUGUGUGAGGAGGAGAGGGAGAUCCAGAGUCAGAGUAUGAGACUCGAGUGUUCUCUGAAAGGCAUCCUGCGCGAAUGCUUCUUAAAGCAGUUCAUUUUGGACAGACACUGGGAUUCCCUGCACCAACCUCCUGCAAGGGAUGACUUUGAGGUUUGGGGUGAGAAGAAGUCCAGUCGGAUAAUGGAGUGGUUGAGUUUGGGUACAAGUUUCUUCCUGCAGAGGGAGACAGAGAACGCAAAUGAAAAUGAAGAUGUAGCAGCAGCAGAAGCGAUGGAGCUGGAAGAAGAGGACCUCAUUGAAAUCGCAGAGGAGGCAGAUCUGAUCGAGGCAGAGCGGAUUAUUGAAGACAACACUGGUCCCAGAGUUGGUCGACAAGGCAGAAAUAAGUUAGACACCACAGGAGCUGUCAGAGAAAUCGAAGAACUGAUGCUGGCUAUGCAUCUGGAUAAAACUGAAAUGCAGCCUGAGCAGAGCGAGGAAGGAUAUGAGUUCCAACGGAAACAGAAGAAAAAGAUGAAGAACAGAAUCAGGAAAGAGCUGGGGAAAAGCUCAGCUAUGACAGAAGAAGAGGAAGAGGCUGUCUGGGAUAUCUGGACCCUUAGCCUGCCAGACAGAUGGAGACUCUAUCGGUUGUGGUUGUCACGCUACAGGUAUGAACUUUGCACCAGAGUGCUAGAGACUGAACAGGCCUAUCAGAACACAGUGGACAGACUGGCUGAUGUAAAACGGCAUGAGAGCCUCUGUCUCCUUAAGCAAGCCACGGUUAUUGGCAUGACUACCACUGGGGCGGCCAAAUACCGUAAAGUUCUGCAGGAAGUGUGUCCAUGUCUGGUGAUUGUGGAAGAGGCUGCAGAGGUCCUCGAGGCUCAUACCAUCACCACACUGAGCCAAGCUUGCCAGCAUCUCAUUCUCAUUGGAGACCACCAGCAGCUGCGGCCCAGUGCCACAGUAUAUGAACUUGCUAAGAACUUCAACCUAGAGAUGUCCAUGUUUGAGAGGCUGGUGAAGAUGGGACUUCCUUUUGUUAGGCUCAACUACCAGCAUCGUAUGAGGCCAGAAAUUGCCCGUCUCCUUACCCCACACAUCUACUCAGAACUGGAAAACCAUUCCUCUGUGUUUGACUAUGACAACAUCAAGGGCCUUAAUACCAAUUUAUUCUUUGUGGAGCACAACCACCCAGAAGAACAGAUCAAAGAUGGAAAAAGCCAUCAGAACAAGCAUGAAGCGAUGUUUGUAGUCGCUCUUUGUCGCUAUCUUCUCUUUCAAGACUACAAACCAGAGCAAAUUACCAUCCUUACAACCUAUACAGGCCAGCUCCACUGUCUGCGCAAACUUAUGCCUGCCAGCCAGUUCACAGGGGUCAAAGUGCAUGUAGUGGACAAGUACCAGGGAGAAGAGAAUGACAUUGUCCUGUUGUCUCUUGUCCGCAGCAAUCUGCAAGGCAAAGUUGGCUUUUUGAACAUUUCCAAUCGUGUCUGUGUAGCUUUGUCUCGUGCCAAGAAAGGUCUUUACUGUAUUGGCAACAGUGCAAUGCUGGGACAAGUGAAACUGUGGAGCAACAUCUUCUACAUCUUGAGAGAGAAUGACCAGGUUGGAAAUGCUCUGACCCUGUGUUGUCAGAAUCAUCCAGAUCGACAGGUGGGGGCUUCUUGUGCUGAGGAUUUCAAACAAGCCCCUGAGGGUGGCUGCACCCAGCCUUGUGACUUCCGUUUGAGUUGUGGCCAUGUUUGUUCAAGUGUCUGCCACCCCUACGACCCUCAGCACAAGGAGUACAAGUGUGUCAAGAAGUGCCAGAAGAUUUUAUGUGACCUGGGACACAGAUGCACAUAUGUUUGUCACAGACCAUGCCCAGAGAAAUGUCCAGUGAAGGUUGAGAAGAUCGUACCCCAGUGUCAACACACACAGAUGGUUCCAUGCCACCAGGACCCGAAGACAUUUAUAUGCCAGGAGCCUUGCCAGAAGUUGCUUGACUGUGGACAUCCAUGUGAUUCACGAUGUGGGGAACCAUGCACCAUUAAGUGCAAGGUGAAGGUCACCUUAAAACUAAGGUGUGGUCACAGCCAACAAGGUGCUUGCUUUUACAAAACAGAGCCAGUGGAGCCUGAAUGUAGGACCCCUUGUGAGCAUCAGCUAAAAUGUGGCCAUGUGUGUCGUGGUAACUGUGGCAAGUGUUAUCAGGGACGGUUCCAUUUCCCAUGUAAUUACCGUUGUGAGCGUCUCCUGAUUUGCUCUCACAAGUGCAUGGAGCCUUGCACUUGGGAUUGUCCUCCCUGUCGGAGACCAUGUGAGAAUCGCUGUGUCCACAGCAAGUGUAAGAAACUAUGUGGACAGCCCUGUGCUCCAUGCGUAGAGCCCUGCGCUUGGAAAUGCCCUCAUCAAAGCUGCAAUAAGCUUUGCCAUGAGCCAUGUGAUCGUCCUCCGUGUACCCAACCCUGUGCUAAGAUCCUGGAUUGCGGCCACCCGUGCAUAGGUCUGUGUGGAGACAAAUGUCCAAGCAAAUGUCGCAUCUGUAAUCGUGAUGAGGUCACAGAGAUUUUCUUUGGCACUGAGGAUGACCCUGAGGCUUACUUCAUUGAGCUAGAGGACUGCAGACACAUCAUUGAACACACAGCCAUGGAUACAUACAUGGGGAUGGAUGACAACCAGCAGGAAAGUGAAGGAGAGCAGAUGGGCAUAAAACUGAAGGAAUGUCCAAAGUGUCGAACUCCAAUCCGCAGAAAUCUACGCUAUGGAUCUCACAUCAACAGAAGUCUGGCUGAGAUAGAGAUGGUAAAGAAAAAGAUAAAUGGAAAUCAGGCAGACACUGAAGUGCACAGGAAUACCCUUGAAAAUCAGUGGGAGGACAACUUUGCUCCCUAUCCAGUGGACCAUCUUGAGGAAUAUAUGGACAUCGAUGGUCAACUGAAAAACAAUGAUCUCACAAUCAAUGAUUUGUGGAUUCUGGAAAACAAGAUGAAUUUCCUUGUAAGAGUUGCAAAGCUAAGGAAGAUCCAAAGGGAAAACCACCAAAGCCACACAUUAGAAAAGUAUGUUGAGCAGUUUGCUAGCUGGCUUAAUGACCGUCACCAAAAAUUCACAGACCAACAGAUCUAUGAUUUGCAGAGAGAGCUACAGAGAAUCACCCUCUUGACUGAACUCAACAUCCGUUGUGCUAUGGCAGACAAGAGAGGACAAAGUGCCAAAAUUCAGUUUGAGUUAAAAACAAUAAGUGAGGUUUUGGAAAAGUCUGGCCAAUUCACUGAGCAAGAUCAAGCCAGAGUGAAAGAAGCCAUGACGGAGCUAGACAACAAGCUUCCACCCACAGGCUUGGGGAUCACUGAGGAGGAGAGAGAAAUGAUUGUCUCAGCCUUGAAAAUGCGGCCUGGACACUGGUACAAAUGUCCUAAUGGCCAUGUCUAUCUUAUAACAGAGUGUGGAGGGGCUAUGGAGAGUCGACUCUGCCCUGAUUGUAAUGCUACUAUUGGUGGAGAAAGUCACAGACUGGCAAGUGGUAACCAAGUCGCCUCUGAGAUGGAUGGGGCACAGCAUCCUGCUUGGUCUGAAAACAAUAACCGUGUAAACUUUGGUCAGCUUUUCUACUGAAAGCUGUCUGAGCAGUCUGUUGGUUCAUUGUCAGUCCUAUGUUUUGGUUACAAAAUCUAUGAUUGGUAACAAGUUAUGCUUUUACUGUAAAGAAUAAAAUUAAUUCAGGCUAGGAGGGAUCUCUACAAGGAUUACUGUACUCUGUGUAUAUAAAGGAAGAAAAUGCAGCUGUCUACUUCAAGUCACUUCAGAGAUGGAUUGUGUAAAGCAGUCGGCUUGUAAUGUUGUUGCAUAAAAAUUACUUUUGAAGCCCUUUAUUGAAAUGUCAGCCUUCAGUUGUAUUACCAGUAAUCUGUGACACUUUAACGUCAACAAAUAUUCACUUUAUUAAUUUCUAUAGUGAAUUGAUGUCACACUGUAUUAACUUUCAGUCCACUGAAGAUUUAACAUUUGCUGCUGUAGACAUAGUGGGUAGUAGUUUUGUUUUAAAUAUGCUUACAAAUUACCAAGGAUUUCUAAACAAAUCAGUGUGGAAUCUCAUCAUAGUUAUGGAUGGAUGAUAUGUGAUGGGUGAUAGUUAAUGCCAUAGUUAUUAUAUACUUGGUCAAAUAUUAUCUAUAACUCCUUCAUAUGUUCAAAUCUCUGUAACAGUUGUUCUACACCUUAACAAUAGGUGGCAGUAAAACACUGUAAAAGAAAAUACAGAGAAAUGACUUCAUAGUUUUCAACUCCAAGCCUGCAACUUGUUCAAAUGCAAUAAAACUGAAUUGAUAAGCA